CUCGAGUCGCUUCUCAGUGACGGAUUUGUGUACAGAUUUAAUUUGAUCUUUUGAGAAGAAUAUGCUGAUUCAAUCUACAUAAUAAAAGAAAGAUAAAAGCUGUACUUCGGCGUCCUGCGGUCGUGAUAUUUUUGAGGACAGUCGAUAUUUUCCGCUGUCGAUCCGUCACGGGUCAAUGGUUCUGGCCACCGGUGGAAAGCGGUUUUGGAGCCGUAUGGUGCGCUCUGGUACUGUGGUGUUUUGGUGGGUGUGGAUGUGCAUCGUCUGUCGGUCAGGAUGAGCGUGGAGGUUCCUGCGGGUCUGACCGAGCUGCUGAAGAGCUACACGCUGGAGGUGCUGAAGCGGAGGCCCGUGGACCUGCUGGAGUUCUCCGUGCAGUACUUCACCUGUCUGAGGGAGCAGCGCAGCUCCAGCCGCGCCAGCAGCAGCCGCUCACCGGUGACCCGCGGCGUGGCCUUCGACCAGGACUCCGCACCCACCGACUCCAGCGAGGAAGAGGAGGAAGAUGACUUCCCAGAUGAUUUUACAUUCAAAGCUCCUCCACCCAGUAAAUGCAACAGACGUGUAUCAGUGUGUGCAGAGGCGUAUAACCCUGAUGAAGACGAGGGCGACGAGUCGAGGGUCGUUCACCCCAAAACUGAUGAGCAGCGUCAGCGUCUACAGGAGGCCUGCAGGGACAUACCGCUGUUCAAAACCCUCGAGCAGGAUCAGUUCGCUGAGGUGUUAGACAGCAUGUUCGAGGUGCUGGUCAAACCAAACGAGUGCAUCAUCAAUCAGGAUGACGACGGUGAUCAUUUCUACGUCAUUGAGAGGGGCGUGUUUGAUAUCGUGAUUCAGAAGGAUGGCAUGAGCCGCUGUGUGGGUCACUAUGAUAAUAAAGGCAGCUUUGGUGAGCUGGCUCUCAUGUACAACACGCCGCGCGCCGCCACCAUCAGGGCCACUCAGGAGGGGGCGCUGUGGGCGCUGGACAAAGCCACUUUCCACAGACUCAUCGUGAAAAAUAACGCAAAGAAGAGGAAGAUGUACGAGAGUUUCAUCGAGAGCGUGCCACUGCUGAAGUCACUGCAGUUAUCGGAGCGCAUGAAGAUCGUUGACGUGGUUGGGAUGAAGACGUUCAGCGACGGCGAGCAGAUCAUACGGCAGGGCGAUUCGGCCGACUGCUUCUACGUCGUGGAGUCUGGAGAAGUCAGGAUCAUGAUCAGAAGCAAAACUCAGGCGGGUCAGAGGUCACAGGAGGAGGUGGAGGUCGGGCGUUGCUCCAGGGGUCAGUAUUUCGGUGAGCUGGCGCUGGUCACCAAUAAACCCCGAGCAGCAUCUGUGUACGCGGCAGGAGAGACCAAGUGUUUAGUGAUCACCGUGCAGGCGUUCGAGCGUCUGCUGGGCUCCUGUAAGGAGAUUCUGAAGAGGAACAUCCAGCAGUACGAGCAGCAGCUGCUAGCCCUGUUCGGAUCCAGCGUCGACCUCAAACACUGAACCCAGACACCUCACGCUAGAUAAAAACAUCUCCGCCGUCAGUUUGAGAAGACUCACAUCACACGCACAAGUGAAUCAAAUCCACGGCUCAGAAAACAAUAACGAGCAGAAUUAGAAAAGCUCUGACCUUCAGCAAACACAGCUUUUGUGAACAGACGAGCUGAGUUACUUUCUAAGAGCUGAAGAGGUUUUCAACCCAAAUGUUCCUUGUUUUCCAACAGAUUCUCACCACUGUCUCCA